AUGUGUAGUUGCUGUAGAACGAAUAGGUAUACCCCCACAACCAAACCCAGGCCCACCGUACCCAUCAUCUUCCAUAGUCUUCCUCUCCUGCCUUGCUCCAAAGAUGGCCGGUCCUUCAUCCUGAACACCGGCGCAAGGAUCCCACCGAUCGGCCUCGGCACAUGGCAGAUAGAGCCUGAUGUUGUCGGCGACGCCAUCUACGCUGCUGUCAAGGCUGGAUAUCGGCAUAUCGAUUGUGCUCCAGCAUACCACAAUCAGAAACAGGUUGGCUUGGCUUUAAAGAAAUUGUUUGAGGAUGGUGUGAUUGAGCGUGAAGACUUGUUUGUCACCUCUAAGCUAUGGUUUGGUGAUCAUGCACCUGAAGAUGUGCCGGAGGCAAUUGACACUACUCUUAAAGAUUUGCACCUUGGCUUCUUAGAUUUGUUCCUUAUUCAUGGUCCAGUCCGCAUCAAAAAAGGAACUACACUGAGCCCUGAAAAUUUGCUUCCACCGGAUAUCACUGCUACAUGGGGAGCGAUGGAGAAGCUAUAUGACUCUGGCAAAGCUCGAGCAAUUGGUGUGAGUAACUUUGCUUGCAAGAAGAUGGAGGACUUGCUUGCCGUCGCACGCGUGCCUCCAGCGGUCAACCAGGUUGAGUGUCAUCCGAUUUGGCAGCAAGACAAGCUCCGCAAACUAUGCCAGUCGAGGGGUGUUCAUCUUUCUGCAUAUUCACCAUUAGGUUCGCCUGGAUCACCUCUAUCUGUGGUCAGUGGGACUAGUGUCCUUAGCAAUCCUAUUGUCAUCUCUGUUGCCGAGAAGUUGCAGAAAACGCCUGCACAGGUCACCUUACGCUGGGGUCUUCAAAUGGGCCAGAGUGUACUUCCAAAAAGCAUCGAUGAAGCAAUGAUUAAGGAGAACUAUGACAUAUUUGAUUGGUCCAUUCCCGAAGAUUUGAUGGCCAAGUUCUCCGAAAUCAAACAGGAAAGGUUGCUGAAAGCAGAAUUCGCAGUCCACCCUCUAAGCGUUUACAAAACCUUGGAGGAUCUUUGGGAUGGAGAAAUUCAAAGCACAUGA